AUGCCCAUAUCUGCCAGCGGACGGUUGCUGAGUCUUCAGCAGCUGCAGCGUCGCUUGGAUCGUCUUCGACAGCUCCAGAACCGCCUUCGCCUCCCCCCAGGCCACUUUGAGGCAUUGGGUCGGCGGUACUACUUGCCACUGCGCACCGAGCACGCGCAGUCACUCAAGCGUGUGUCGCCACGCCUGCUUGGCUAUCUGGCUGGUUUCUUUGAUGGGGACGGGUGCGUCACACCGUGCACCGACAAGUCGGGCAUCAGACUGUCAGUCUCACAGGCCGAGUCUCACGGUGUCGUGCUUCUGCUCUUUCGGAACAUCUUUGGUGGAUCAAUCGUGAGAUUGCGCCACGCUGGUGGGCUAUGCAGACCCUCUUUGCAGUGGCACCUUGUUGGAGGAACUGCGCAGCAGGUCGCCACCAAUUUGAGUGCCAGCGCAGUGUGCAAGCGCACCCAGUUGGCCAUUGCAGGCUCAUGGCCUCAAGAGCCCAGUUUACGUUGUGAAGCUGCUGCAAGGAUGAAGCUUCUGGAGCAAGAGGCACCCGCAGAGGCUACCUGCCCCUCCUGGCAAUACUUGACGGGUUUCUUCGAUGCCGAAGGCUGCAUUGUUUUAAUGUAUCCUGCAUAUCUACGACUUGAAAUCAAACAGAAAUUCCUCCCAGUGUUGCGCUCCAUCCAGGGCUUUCUGGCCCGCCAUGGUGUAGACUGCAUUGUGCGCGAGAAGCAGUCGCAUGGCCUGCUUGUUGUGCGCAACACCGAGAACUGCAAGUUCGUCUUGGCCAAGCUAAUCCGCUCAGGUUUACGGGUGAAGCGUGAAGCAGCGCGGUUGGCUAUUCAAGUUUGUGCCGGCGAUUUUUUUAUCAUUCGGAGCAACCUUCGGAGGUUGGUCGGAAAUCAAGGUCACGACAAGCGCUUAAGCAUUGACGGACUAGUAAGAGCAGCGGGGAUCAAACAGAUUCAGGCUCGCUUGCGCUGUUUGACGGGAAAACAACAUUCUCACUUGGAACGUUCUGAACUGGAGUCGCAGCUGUUGGUGCUCCAGAAGGAUCACAAGUUGAAGUGUGGGCAGGAACGGCUGCUCAGGAUUCGGUCUGACAUACGCUCCUUCAUAUCAGUCGGAGCUACUGUACCAGCUAGCCCUCGCUGA